UGCUAAGAGUUCCUCCUCGGCGCUGUGUUUGAGUACUUGGGAUAAGUUAGCUUUCUGCUAACGCAAUGGACAAUGUCUCCAGUUUUUGCCCGUCAGUCUCUUCCGAAGAAAAUGGACCAGACACCAGUGACAACUCAUCGACGGAAGCCGGAUUAAUCGACGGUUUUGGCGACCUGGCUGCCCUCCCGGUCGAGGUUGGCGAGAGAAGACCGACGUGUUUACGGUGCCGUCGCCCUCAGAAGGUGUGUCUCUGUCCCUUUCUCCCACCACAACCCCUGGAGGUCUCCACAUGUCUGUAUGUAGUGCAGCAUCCUGCAGAGGAGAGCAGAGUGCUUCGUACAGUGCCUCUACUUGCUGCAUGUUUGCCACAAGGAAAAUGCAACGUCAUAGUGGGAAGGAGAUUCAAUGAGGAAAAGCACCCAGAGCUGGCUGCUGUGUGUCGGGACAGCAGGACACUGAUCCUCUACCCAGGUCCCAAAUCCCAGAACCUGGAGGAGUUGGUGCAAUACCAGGAAGUGGGCACAGUGAAACACAAUGUGAUCAUCAUAGACGGCACCUGGAGCCAGGCGAAAAACAUGUUCCUCAAAAACAGCCUGUUCCACCUGCCCAAACAGGUGCAGCUCAAUAGGACUCUGUCCAGUCAGUAUGUGAUCCGCACACAACCCUCCAACAUCUGUUUGUCCACGCUGGAAUGUGCUGCUGUUGCCCUGUCCAUCCUGGAGAGGAAUGAUGACAUCCAAGAGGUUCUGCUGAGGCCCCUGAAAGCCCUGUGCUCCUUCCAGCUGCAGCAUGGUGCUCAGAUUCAUCACAGCAAGGAGCAUCUACUGAAGAAUGGCAUGUAUGACAAACCUAUGCCCAAGAACAAACGCAAGAUAAAGAGGAUGGAGAAACUUGUCACAGACCACAACAUCUGCCCAAGAUGAGGGAGCGACUGAGCAGAGAAGCUCGACUUGUCUCUGUUUACACUGCUGUCUCAUACGCUGCACAGGACUGUAUCAUCCGGGCAGCAUGUAGCAGCAUCAGGGUACAGACACACAAACCACUGGACUUUUUUGGGAUUUUGUUUUUUAGAUAAUUUAGGGUAAAUGUAAUUUAUGUAUUUGUCAUUAAUUUAAAAUAAAUUAAUGACAAAUCAGAGUUGUAGUUUAAAUGUCCCGGUGCGACAAUAAAUUCAGGUUCCGUUGUUUUAAAGACAAUUGACAUUUUUCUUCUCUGUGUUUUAUAAACACUCUGUUGGUUCUAUUCUGAUUGAUUUUACACAUGUGGAAGGGCUAAUGUUUUUAGCAAAAUCUUCAUUCAGAUAUGUUACAAAAUAAAAAUACCUCUAAAACGUGAUAUUCCAUGAAACUACCAGACACACAAAAAAGCAUGAAAAAGGAUACACUUGAAAAUUGUAUUGUUCUGUGUGUGAGGUAAGCAUUGUUGACAACAUGAGCACUUUCCAAUUCACAGUAAGGUAAAAUUUAGCUGUAAUUUUUUGAUACUUGUCUGUAUUUGAGUUAGAGGCUUAUAGGUUUUUUUUAUUAUCAGAAGAAAUUUGAGUUAUCCGACUGCUUGAGGCCCUCUAUAAUAAGAUUAUACAACAAAAUAUACAUGGAUAAUAAAUCUUUUUUCUGAUCUCAUUUCAGGUCUCUUGUAAGAGUACAAUUUGCAUUUUGCAAAUGCUCAGUCCUGAAUCAAACAAGUUAUAUCUAUAAAAAUGUGCAAUAAUGUUAUAACUGAAACUUGUGAAUUGAAAACCAUGCAGGUAAAGUGUUUUUUAUUUGCAGACAUGAUGGAUGAAUCAAGCAGUUUAGUGCCACUUUUCAACUUGCUCAUGUCUUUUACAGACUGAAUCAAUAAAAUGUACACAAGUUACCUCUUAUAAAGAAUAAUUAAAAGCUGUUUCAGCUUCUCAGCUGUCAAGUUGCUCGAAUGGAAUACUGGAACUCUGACGAUACAAAUGGGCCCAUAUUGAGUAGCAAAGAUACAUUUCAAACACGAGAUAGUCACAUGAGAUGGUUCUUUGAAGUAAUGCUUUUUAAAAUUGUUUUUCAGUGCAUAAAAAACAACAUACAUACUACAAGGCAACAGUGAAUCCUCAAAAGGAGUCAAAUUUGCACUGUUUGUGCAUAUAAUAAAUACAUAACACUUAGAUGUACGGUACAGGCAGUGCUGGACCUAGCACCUUUGGGGGCCAAGGCAAGUUUCCUCUGGUGUCCCCCCUCCCUCCCUAUAUAUAGUAAGAGAGAGAGAGGGAGAGAGAGAGAAUAGUAGGCCUAUGUGUCUUCUCUUCCCCAUAUGUUGAUGUUUUUUUUUUUAUUUGGUCAAAAAAAAAUUUUUGUGGCACCAUAGGUAGUACCCUAUAUCACCUGUAUUAAGAUCCACUACUGAAUACAGGUAUGAGCUACCUAUUACAGUAAAAGUGCUUGUGUAUGCAGGUCUUGUAUGGUUAUCUGACAGCUGAUGAAAUGCAUCAUAUGGGUAAAAGAAUUUCAGUUCCUGGGCCUAAUUGAUUCGUAUAAGAUAUUUAUUAAAUUUGGAUUUCAUCAUUCACAAUUUAUGUAUCAGAGCUGUGUGUGUAACUCGCGUGAUAAAGAGGACACGGAUAUUUUGUAAUUUCUUUAGCUGAAACAGAAUCAGUAGAAAACUGCACUUUAAAAUGUAACUAUCACUCUUUUUUUCAUGGUGGCUUUUGUGUUCAGUUAAAUGUUCAG